GUAUCUAAGAAAGUUGCAGACUUGAUUCUUGAAAAACAGCCUGCGUAUGUUCAGGAACUUGAACGUGUUACAUCAUUGCAGACUGGCCUUCAGUUAGCAGCUGUUAUCUGCACAAAUGGAAGAAGGCACCUGAAUGUAGCAAAGGAAGGUUUCACACAAACUAGUUUGGGGCUGCUUGCAAAUCAGAGGAAACGACAGUUGCUUAUUGGACUGCUAAAGUCUCUGAGAACCAUAAAAACACUGCAAAGAACUGAUGUGCGUUUGAGUGAGAUGUUGGAGGAAGAGGACUACCCAGGAGCUAUUCAGCUGUGCUUGGAAUGCCAGAAAGCUGCCAGCACUUUCAAACACUACAGUUGUAUAAG